GAGCCAGAAGAGCUAUCGACGGCAGAAAUGACGGGAAAUGGAAGAAGAUGACUCCACCGGGCCACGAAGAUAACUUUGACGAGGUCGAUAAGAAGAAAACUGAACAAGGUUCAGAUGGUUGGACAUCAACUCUCAAAACAAAUUUCUUGAAUGCCUUAGGUGUAAUGGGAAAGAGCAAUUCAUCAGGCACAGAUGAAGAUGACAAGUUUACGCCAGUUCCUCGGCGGACAAACAGCAGAGGUGGAAACCAACCAAGGUGGAACCGCGACUUUGGAACACAUCCAAUUACGAGAGGGCAUUCGACCUCUUCGGGUGUAUCAAGACUGUACACACUGGAAGAAACAGGUGAAGGUAUGGGAAGGGUGCAUAUCCGCGGGUUGGACCCAUAUAAUGCCGAUUAUGCAUCGCCAAAACCAUCCAGGAGUACGCUCGGGCUUAGCACUCUGGACGGUCGUCAAUCCAUUUAUCCAGGAAUAGAUAAUGUAGUAACGCGGGAGUCUCAAGCACCAUUGCUCAGCCAGGAAGUACCCACCGCCAGUGCACGACCUCGACGAUGGACAGCCAAGCGAAUCAAUGAACGUCCUGAUGCCUUGUCUCGAAUGAGUACUGGUAGCAUUUACUCUGCUGAAUCUGUGGGACCAAAUCCCUAUAAUCGUAGGGCUGCUUCGAACCCAUCUGGACUGCAGAGUUUUACACCGAAAACCACUCCACACAGCGGAGGACAAGAUCCCGCUCAGAGGAAAGUCAGGUCUAAGCGGAGAGAGCGGGUGCAUGGGAGACCCAAGCUGAUGGAACGCGCGUCUUCAUCCACAUCAUCAAUUAUGU